ACGGCCGGAGCGUAUAGUUUGCCCGCUUUUUGCCCAUUCCAAAGCAUAGCUAUUCGAGCGCAGCAUAAUGCGCACGCUGGCGAUAAUCGUGUCCGUGAUGGUCGUUUGCUCGGUGCUGCUGGUGCAGCCGGCGGAGGCGGACAUUUACUCGGAGAUGGCCACCUGUGCCUGCAACCUGCUCUACCAUCCCGUGUGCGCGAGCAACAAUGAGACCUACUCCAACGACUGUGUCCUGAAGUGCGCCUCCGAAACGCCAACCGGUCGCUCGCUCGGACUGUACAAGGUGAAGGAUGGACCCUGCCACGAAACGGACCUGUAGAGCCGGGUUAAGCCCCCCCCAAAGAGUGAUGCUUUGUGAUGUUUUUGCCGUACGCUAAUAAAAGUUGCAAACUAAGGAGGCUCUGGUUUCUCUGUAACGUUGACACUUGAAAGGGAUUAUCAAUGCUCUGCGUGUCUACUUGACGACUGUGCAAAACCCCACCGACCGGGAACCAACCCGCGAAGCCCACGACGGCAAUGCACUCAGUUUGGGUGAUAAAACCGUUAUCUGAUAUUGUUUAUCAGCGAAAAAACCGGGAAUACCGUAGCGCAGCCUAGGUAGUAAUACGGGUGAAGGUGACCAAUUUAGCCGCAGAAGCAAAGUUACAUCCGCAUACUGCACAAUUCG